AUGGCAGAGAUAUGUGACCCCAAGGAGCCAGAGGAGAAGACAUGGACGGGGCCAGUAUUGGUUGAGCGAGAUCUUGGACUACUGCGCAGAUUAAGGAACUCACCAGGGUGUCUGACUUGGCCCCUCCUUCUGCUGCUGCUCUUCGUCUCAUUGGGUUUCUUCAUGCUCCUGGUGACCACCCUGGUUCAAGUUUCCAGGAUCCACCAGUCUCUGCAGAGAGAGAGAGAGACCAGCAGGAGACCCACAGCCCAGGAGAAGAUACAAUCAAGCCUGGAUAAGUUCCUGCAGCAGAUGACCUGGAUGAAUGCCACCCUGGCUGGCCUGUGCCAUCCCUGCCCCUGGCAUUGGGAAUUCUUCCAGGGAAGAUGCUACUUAUUCUCCCAGACCCAGAGUGACUGGAAAUCCUCUCUCUCCGCCUGUAAGGACAUUGGGGCCCAGCUGGUUAUCAUCAAUAGCACUGCGGAGCAGAAAUUCCUGAAGUCUUGGUAUGUCAGAUAUAAUAAAGCCACCUGGAUUGGCCUCAGUGAUGACACCAAUGAAGGUUCCUGGCAAUGGGUGGACAACAGCCCCCUCCAACUCAGCUUCUGGAAAGAAGGAGAACCCAACAAUCACGGAGAUGAAGACUGUGCAGAAUUGCACAACGAUGGCUGGAAUGAUAGCAAAUGUACGGUAGAAAACGCCUGGAUCUGUGAGAAGCCCUCGUCUCCCUGCCCCAUGCUCUGAGGGCCACUGCCCAGCCUCCUACUCCCCAUCAGCAGAGAAUAGGCAACAGGCCCUCAGCUGGUUUCCCUUUGGCUCCACCCUCUUCCAUCUUUACCCUUUGG